AUGGGGAAAAUUUGCCCCCCAUUAUGGGGAAACCAUGGAAAUGGUUGGGACAGAGUGUUCGGAGUGCCUUCUCACCCAAGCUUAACCCUAUUGCCGCUCCCUGUGUGGAACUAUCGGUCGCCCUCCUUUACUCCAGUGCGCCCACAUGCACCAGAUCCUAAUGAUCCCUCCACUUUGAUGAAGGAGGCUGGGGUUUCAGUUUGUUGUCAAACGUGGAUUGAGAAUUACCGGGAACCUGAUAGGGUUGUGACUAACUUGACCUCAUAUUUUCGUCGGUUUGAAUUGUGGGUAUUGGCUUACCAGAAGUUUUGUGCUGAUGAGACAGGGGCUUCUCUCCCUCGUAGUGCUGUGCAAAGGUUCAAAUGGGGAGUUCGGCUGGGCUUCUUUAUAAAAUCUCCCAAGGAUAAGACUGAUUAUCCGUCCUUGUCAAAGAUAAAGAUUAAAGCAAUUUUGACUACUACACAGCCAGCGCCAUUUCAAAAUAAAAUUGUUCAGGAAGUUCUGCUUAUGAUUUUGGAGCCAAUUUAUGAAGCUCGAUUUUCACAGAAGUCAUUUGCAUACAGAGCAGGAAGGAAUUCCCAGAGUCUUGAGGAGGUUGAUGAUGGGGAGAAAAAGAAGAAGAAGAAGAGGAAGUUCCAGAAGAAAAGGGUGCUAGCAGAGGAUGAGCCCAAGCCUGAUCCCUAUUGGUUGGAAACGUUUUUUGGAUUUGCCCCUGAGAAGGCAGAGAAAAUUCCAAAUUGGGGGCAUUGUGGAAUUCUUAGUCCUCUGUUGGCCAAUAUUUGCUUCGAUGGGUUGGACCGCUGGAUGGAAGGGAAGAUCAAGGAGUUUUAUCGUCCAUCAAAGAGUAAUGUCAUAUGGAACAGUCUUGAAAGUGAAGCAGAGCAAGGGAACACAUCCUGGCCAGAAUUUGUGCCCACAAGCACUGUUAAACACAUCCAUCAAAGAGUUUCAUUUCUAUGCUUGUUUGGAAUUACAAAAGAAGUUCUUUCUUGUAAGAUCAGGUUUCCUUAA